GGGCGCCGUUCUUUGUGCUGUCUGACCUGCGCUGCACGACUUCUUUCCGCCGAACUACGGGCGUCACCACUCACACACCAAGCGGCGCAAUCCAAGCGGGCUGUUUCAGCAGCUAGCACGGACACAUCAAUUCACAGAGGAGUUUACCUCAACGAUACCCCGAUUGCUGUUCUUUGCAGCAGUGGUUUCUCCGCAGACGCAAUAUAUAUAUAACAAGAACGAAGAAAAAUAAACAGAUAAUCACUUCAACAUGAUGUCGCAGUCGCUGGCGACAUACCCGCUGGUGCAAUGCGUCGUCUCUGCAGCCCAAUUUGCCUCAGGCGAGGUGUCCUUCUACGACACCUACGCGGAACUCAUGGCCGCUGAUGCGGAGGGCAGCUGCACCGCGCCUUUGCGCAUCGACUAUGACGUGUUAGAGCACUUCCGUAUCGUACGUGCGCAGCGGGUAAUGCGGCUGACGAUGCCGCGUGUGGAGGUGCGGCGGUGGGCAAAGGAGAACGGGUUCGCUUCUCAGCUGGACGCCUUCGAGGAUGUGCAAGAGGCAAAGCGAGACACGAAAACCGCAGCAACGUCACAGACAACUUCUGCUGUACUGCUCCUUCAACUGAGAAGCGAAGACCUGUCUCGCUUUUUGCAGACCAUCGCCCCGCUCGUGUCAGCAAGUCGUCGAGCACGAUCGGUGUCGCGCAUCUCCGUCACGGAGCCGCUGCCGCUUUACGCGACGUUGAUCGAUCCGGCACCCGAUGUGGAGUCGGAGACACGUGCGAGCAGCAGCCUCGGCCGAAGCAGCCACAGCGGCACCGCUACCCCGGAAGCGCCGUCACAGAAGUCAAACGCAGAAGUGAUGCCGAGUGAGCACCAGCGAGAUGAGCAACAUGAUGACAAGCUCACCUUAUCGCAACCCCUUCCUGUGCCUCCGAGCGGAGUUAAAAGGUGUUCCGCAGAGCGACUGUCUACAAAAAUGCUGACGGCGCGCUUGGGAGAGAGUCCCGUUUUGUUGGGUGACGAACAUCACCGUGACGAGUCACGAAAAGAACUGCCUGUUCGUGGAGCUGCAGAAGAGCUGCAACAAGUGGAGACACUACCACCGUCGCCACCGCCCUCAGCGCAGCAGCACGCCAUGCCGGAUACACUAGCGAGCGUUGAAGAAGAGUUAGCUGGGUUGGCGGAGGAUGCGGAGUACCCGCCGAUGUACUCCACGAUGGAGGGCAGACGUGGACACCACGUAGGGCAACCGCUAAAGCGACCCGGCCCCGUCCUGCCAGCCGCGCUGUUGGGUGGGGAGUCACGGCAGAGCAAUUAUCCAGCACGUGGUGGUGGUGGGAGCCACUCACGUAGCGGCCGCAUGGCGACGAAUAAAGGAAAAGAACGCUCGUCCACCAAGGUUGCAACUGCCCCUUCUCUUUGUCCUUCGCUGACGUCUUGCGUGGCGGAUGGCCACGCAGAGCGUAGGCCGAUGGUGCGGGAGGGCAACCCAGUCGAUCCGCUCAGUCCGGCACUUCAAGCAAUAGAAGCAAAGCGAAAGGAGAGGCCACAUCGUCUCGUCAUUACGCACCUGUGCGCUUCAGACAACGGGUCGUCUACCCCUGCGAAAGCACCGGCAGCGGCGAUGGCCCCGAACGACAGAACAAGCGUAGAGGAGGAUAAUUUUGUGGAGACGGUGGCGACGGUUACGCUUCAGAGCGACAAGAUUCAGAAGGGCCGGAGAGAAAGUCGUAUAAGGAGCCCUUUUCAGGUGGAAAGCGAGCGACAAGACAGCAGACAUCGUCAUGCCACGUCAGAUAACGAAGCCGCGGCAGCCAAGGAAGUCACCCGCUCUGCGGAUGACGCCUCCACAAACGGAAGCCGGCUACACAACUGGCCCAACCCUUCACGUACUUCUCCUAGAAAAUCCGUGCAUCCGCAGCACAAACCGCCACAGCCCAAGUCGAACAAGAUACACUCACCUGCAUCGUCCUCGGUACUUGUGGGCGAUUUCUUCUCGCAUGACGAUGCGCUGCGCAAAACGAGAGAAUUGAAUGGUGCGGUCGCAGAGCUCACGGCGGUAUUGCCGUCUGCACACGCGCCUGUCCUGGCUUCGAACGAUGCGACGGCGCACAAGGAUGUAGCGGCCUCGGCCGAACCUCGCCGGUCCGUUAAAUUCCCUCACAACGUCAGUGACGCGUGCUCGCUCAAGCCGCCACAAGUGCGUCUGUUAAACGCGGAAGUGCGACGAGAUGUACGGUCGUAUUUGCUGGACUUGUUCCCUAAAACAAGCGCACCGACUCGGCAGCUAAACAAGAGCACAGCCAAGGUUUCUGCCGUCGCUGCUACUGCUGCUGCAGCACCCAGUAUUCCACGUCGCCGUGGCCGCCCUCCUAAAGUGAAGGCCGCGGACACAGCUCCACAGAGGCCACCCACUCAGAGGAAACAGACAGACGCCGCACCUGCAAUGAAAGAAGAUGCCUGCCGAGUGCAAAACAGCGGUGCUGCUUUCACAUAUGAGCAGAGAGCGAUGCUGCGAUUCAAGACAUCGCCGACGUCGCUUCCGAUGCCUCCGAGAAAGCGUAGCCGCUCGGAGACCCCCGGCGCUGCUGUAAGCGCAAUGAAGCAUCGUCCCACUUGCCGCGGCGACAGCGCCACUGCAUUCUUGUCGAACCAAGCAAAGCAGAAGAAACGGCAAACCACGUCAUGCAGGGUCCCAGACAACGGGGCUACUUCCUGCACAGGAAUCGACGGCCUUUCCGCGGCGCGUGAUUCUGGGAUGCUCGGACCCGCGCACGGUGCUUCUCCCUUUGCGAAGGACGCCUCCUUCCUUCUCCGGCGGAACAAUGAACCACCACAAGCGUUCAAGAAGACGGAGAAGACAAACGACUGGGCAGCCGCGGCGUGUCGUUGCAGCAGAGAAAAGGGUCUGCAGACAAACCUGAACUGCUCUGGCGAAGAAAGAGAAGCGGCAGCACCAUGCUCGGACGAGGGCGAGGACACUGCGGCGGCAGCAGGAAGGAUCCCGCUCACCUCACUUCAUGAGGCGCUAGAUCCACAGCACGCAUCGCUUCGUGGAGGGAGUAUUCUUCAUGAUGCUGUUAUGGUCGAGCAGCAGCACUCUCAUCCCAAGUCGAAUGGAUCGUCCGGUGCGGAACGUAGGCGUGAUGCCGCACUCGCCGACGCUCCACCUGACCCCACCGCCGCGGCGUCUUAUGAUGUUGAAAGCAGCAGCAGCAAAGCGACAUGCCCGCUUUUUUACCGUUGUGACUCCCGCAAAGAGCGCGCGCGACGACUCCUUCGGUACAUGAAUCUGGUGUCCCAACAUCUUGCCAUGAUGCACGAGUCCCACGAUGAGCUGCGCGGACUGUUGUUGACGAUGCUUAACGACAGCCAGUUGUGA